UCAUUUCCCAUCAUGCAUAAGACGAAAUGGCGUCAAAGUAGUAAAGAUCUAUAACGACCUGGAUGGGCUAAGGGUUGUUCAACUGGGCCUCGCCGCUGCUACGAAUUGUGACGGGAUCUGCUCUUGUUGCGCAAACCUACAGCCUAGUAACGGACUGCGCGUGAGGUUCGGCAGAAUGUACUGCGCGGCAAAAAAGGGAGACACAAACAAAAACAUGUGGCUGAGGUUGUGAGAAAACGGCCCUGCAGGUGAGGAGAACCUCUGAGUUGUGACUGAUAGUAAAUACCAUGGGUUUGCACUCAUCCCAGAAGAAACACUUUCCCCUUCGUGGGAUUGAUGGUGUGGUUCAGCUGUUUGAUGCAGAACUCCGCAAGCCUGAACCUGACCUCGCGCUCCUUUCCCUCGUCCUGGGUUUUGUUGAACAUUUCCUGGCCGUAAACAGAGUCAUUCCCAUAAAUGUUCCAGGCGUACGCUUUGAACCGCUGGAGCCCGACUGUCCCAACUCCUGCUUCCCUACUGUUGAGCUGGGCAUGAUUUCUGCACUGUAUGAGCGCUUCACUGCCCAGAUUCGUGGUGCAGUCGAUCUUUCCCAAUACCGAAGAACUGCUGCUGGGUCCAGCAGGGAGCUGGUGAAGAAAGUAUCAGAUGUAAUUUGGAACAGUCUUAGCCGAUCAUACUUCAAGGAUCGUGCACACAUCCAGUCCCUCUUCAGUCUCAUCACUGGCACCAAACUGGACAGCUCUGGGGUUGCUUUUGCAGUGGUGGCAGCAUGCCAGGUUCUAGGUCUGAAGGACGUUCACCUGGCCUUGUCCGAGGACCAUGCUUGGGUGAUUUUUGGCAAAAAUGGUGAAGAGACUGCAGAAGUCACCUGGCAUGGAAAGGGUAACGAGGACAGACGGGGACAAACAGUAACAACAGGAGUAAAUGAAAAAAGCUGGCUUUAUCUGAAAGGCUCCUACAUGAAGUGUGACCGAAGCAUGGAGGUUGCCUUCAUGGUUUGUGCCAUCAACCCUUCACUGGACCUGCACACUGACAGCUCUGAGCUGCUGCAGCUACAGCAGAAACUUCUGUGGUUGCUGUAUGAACGAGGAGAUCUGGAUAGGUAUCCCAUGGCCAUGGGCACUCUUGCAGACCUUGAGGACCAGGAGCCCAUUCCAGGCAAGGAGAACCCCCUGAAAAUCCACCUUAAGGCUGUGAGUUCUGCACAGAAGCACUACAACAACGAGCACAUUUACCCCUACAUGUACCUGGCUGGCUUCCAUUACAGGCAUAGGAAUGUGCGGGAGGCUCUGAGGGCCUGGGCUGAAGCUGCUCAAGUUAUGCAGGACUAUAACUAUUUCCGUGAGGAUGAGGAGAUCUACAAAGAGUUUUUUGACAUUGCAAAUGAUGUUAUUCCAAAUCUGCUGAAGGAGACCGCUGCUGCUGCAGAGAGCACUGGGGAGGGAGAAGAGGGCGAGGAAGACAAGGACCAACCCAAGCAGGCAGCAGCCUUUUCAGCACUGCAGGACUCGGAGUGCUUUGCCCACCUGCUAUGCUUUUAUGAUGGCAUCUGCAAAUGGGAGGAGGGCAGCCCAACACCAGUCCUGCACGUGGGCUGGGCCACCUAUCUGGUCCAGUCUCUGAGUCGCUUCGAUGCUCAGGUACGGCAGAAGGUGUCAAUUAUCACCAAAGAUUCAGAAUCCCAGGACGAUGAUGACCAGUCUAGUGAUGAUCCCCGGGAGGGCCGCAGGCGAGGCCCCCGAAGGGAGUCCAAACUAGAUGAGCAGAACUCUCCGCCGUCUGCUGCUCCCACCUCCCCAUCCACUUUGCCCCUAGCAGCAGCAGUGUCUCUGCCUAAGAAAGUGGGAGAAGGAGCGGGUCGCCGGCGCUCCUCCCAGGGUCUGCGCGUGGGAGAUGCUGAAGGAAAACCCAAGUCCCCAAGCCCAGACUCCUCACCCUCACCCCAGCAGCAGAUGUCCCCCUCCCCCGCCGGUCCCGUGGUCGUCUUUCAGAGUGAGAAGAUGAAGGGGAUGAAGGAGCUGCUGUGUGCAGCCAAGGUGAACUCCAGUGCCAUCAAACUACAGCUCACUGCUCAGUCACAGGUCCAGAUGAAGAGGCAGAAAAGCAUACCAGCAGGGGAUUACUCCAUGUCCUUCAUGAAGCGCCAGCGCAAAUCCCUCUAGACAUGUUGAUUGUCAUGGCGAAGUUGAGACAUACUGUGAACAGCAACCUCACCUUUGUUUAUGUUCCUUUUUACCAGUGUUUUUAUCCUGAUGUCCUUUUUCAGUCAGUUUCCUCAUAGUUCCUAGCAAUAUGUCUGAAUUGCACAGAUGAUGUUUGCUGAUCGGGUUUGAGGGAUGGAGAGAACGUUCCAUUCUGUUUUCACAGAAAGUUUGACAUUAAUUUGUGGGUGAUCUGCCUGCUGUGAUAGAUUGUAACCUUCACUCAUCUGCUUGUUUUUUUUAAUUGGCAGCCAAUUGUACACUGUUGAUCAACUUGUCAUUAACUUCUGUUUGGAUGUUUGAAGCCAAAGUAACGAAGACGACCAGAAUUCAACAAACAGAUG